AUGUCCUCGAAUCCGGUUGCUCCCAAAACUUCGAAGAAGAAUGAAAUGGACUUUGAAAUCUUCAUGGAGGCCCUUCGAAUGAGCCACGCCCAAUCCAUGAAGGGUCUAAUGAGUCGACAGAACAAGAAGAUUAUGGUCGAAUACAACCGGCAGAUGAAGAAACAACUCAGGUUUGUGGCCAAUUCCGAGAGAACUUUCAUCCUGCCGCAUGAGGAAGGAGAGGAGAAGAGUGCAGUGAGUUUAUGGCUGAUUUUGGGGUAGCACGUCAAUCCAGCGAAUUUCCUGAACCGUUUCGAAACUUCGUAAAGUUUUCAUUGAUUUAAAAGCGAGACGAAAUGUCGCGAAAUUAUCGGCACUUUUUCUCGGCCGAAAUAAUUGCUUUUUCUUGAAAAGGAAGAAGAAAGAUAAGAAAAUGCGUUUUAUCGGAUAGUGACAUUUCGUUUUGAACGAAUCGCCAAAAAGGGGCGGGAAGUUUUUUCUUCUAUUUUGGAUUGACGUGGGUAGUUUUUUGGGAAAAUAGGACGUCGAUUACCAAAAAAUUGCAUCCGGAAAGAAAAAAUAAUUUUUUGUGAUUUUUGUAGGCUUGAGAUUGUCAAAAAUUAUGAACGACCAUCAGAGAACAGAAAUUAUGGGUGAAACCAUCAUUUUCUAGCCUAUUACAUAAAAAAAUUUUUCCAAGCUGCGCCCGAGCUUGGAAUUCAUUUUUCCUUCGCUGAAGUUGUUUCCCAAGUUUUUCCCGACCUGUGCCCUACCUUAGGUUGAACUUUUGGAAAUUACACAAUUCGUCCUGGCUUCGAAACUAAAAAUUAUAUUAUUUUUUACGAUUAAAGUUUUUUUUUUGAUUUUGACCUGUAGUCUGCAAAAAAAAUGUAAGCAGGGCAAAAUAUUUUGAGUUUUAAAAAAUUUUUCUUUAGGUUAUCCUAGUAAAAAAUUAUUUUUUCAGGACGAACCUCCACCUUCUUUUGCUCAAUACGUGGAAGAUGUUCAAAAAGUUCAUGAUCUCCACGAAAACUUUAUCGAAUUCAAGAACAAAUUGGCCGCACAAGCUGAGGAAAAGUUCAAAAAAGAUGUAAGUUGAAGAUUACUCUGGGAUUUUUAGAAAGAAAAAAUUUGAUUUUCGAAGGGUUUCCUUCGAAGAAUCAUUGAUUUUUUUUUAAAUUUUUUUAAUUUUUUUCUCCAGAUGGCCUUGCUCGAUUACCUCCAAACAUUCGAAGAGAAACGUCAAGAAAACAAAGGAGCACCGAUUUACGAUAUCCCGGCAGACCAGUUGGCUUCCGAAGAUACCGUUUUGAUUCAACAAAUCCGCGUCUUUGUCCAGAAAAAUCAAGAAAGAGCCGAAAAAGAGAAUGAGGAGGCCGAGAGGUUCCUGUACGACUGCCCUGGAGUCGAAUUCAGCUCAUUUGGCGGCUGCUGUCGCAAGAAUUCUUAA